ACUGGCAGGGCUGCAUGAGAAAAACAACUUCAGGUGGGGAAUUGCUCAGUCUUUAAACGCCGUUUCUAUCAAGCGCAGCCGCAACAUGGCAAUUUCAAAGCCAAUUUAUUCGCUCUUCGGAAGCUAUUUGGAGCAGCUUUUCAAUCAUCCAUUGCGCACGAAAUCUUUAACGGCCUGCUGUUUGGCCACCUCGGCAAAUGUCACCGCUCAGCGUUUGGCGGGCGCCAAGAAACUUAAUCAACAAAGCCUCUUCGCUUAUGGUUUAUUUGGUCUGAUUUUUGGAGGCAGUGUUCCGCAUUAUUUCUACCAGACGAUGGAGCGUUUGUUUAGCAGUGAUUUUCGAUUUAGGAAAUUCUUUAUAUUCCUUUUCGAGCGCUUUGGUUAUGCGCCGCUCUAUCAAUUACUCUCACUAUAUUUCCUCUCAAUCUUCGAGGGCAACUCGCAUAGCACAGCUGUUAAGAAUCUGGAGAAACUUUAUUGGCCUGUGCUGCGCGCCAAUUGGCAGUAUCUAUCGCUAUUCGUCUAUCUGAAUAUUGCCUAUGUGCCAGCCAUGUUCCGUUCCAUUAGCAUGGGCAUCAUUUCCUUCAUCUGGGUGGUGUUCCUGGCACAGAAGCGUCGUCGCUUUCAGGAAAAACAAGCAGCGGCCAACUCCAAAUAGAGGCAACUGCCAACUGUUUAUCUAUGCAUAUUAACUAGCUCAUCGGAGAUUACGCUGAAGUCUUUAUCUACAUCCAAAGCGUGAACCACUUUUCUGCUUUAAAUAGAUGACAACAAAUGGAAAUAUAUAUAUGUAAAUGUAUGUCUGUUUAUAUAUAUAUAUAUAUGUAUGUGUGUGUGUGAGUGUGUUAGAACAUGAUGGUCGCGCUUAUCGUCUGUGAAAUUGAAAAAGAAAACCUUAAUAUUUUUUAUUAUAUUUUUAUGCACAAUAAACAAUG